AUGGGAAAGGUUCUGGCAAUCUACCGGUCAAUCCGGAGCGGGGCCUUUAAUCCUGAUCUGGAUGCUGCCAUGAGGGUUCUUCAGGUUGCCAAUGCUCUGAUUAGCAGCGAGGGCCGACCCGAGGACGGGAACGCUGGUCAGGACGAGUUCAUUGCGGAGCCGAUGGACCGAGCAGACGGCGAGUCUGAUGGCUCGGCGUCGGAUGGCGCGGAGGCUGGGCCGCUAGAGCUUCCGGGACUUCCCGCAGUGAGGGCUCCUUUUGCUGAGGUGACAGAAACAAUACAGCGCGAAGCCCUGGAGGUCUGGGAGCGGAAAAUUGGCCUGACCGAGGACACAUUGCAAGGACUUUUGGACAACAGCUACAACACCUUUGGGCGGCUGGCGUUUGCCGUGUCGGCUACUCCAACGACUUUGACUGAUGAGGCAGUGGAUGCUUGGAUUGAUGGUUUGGGCAUGCGACCUUCAGGGUUUCAGAAGGCGAGCCUCCGUAGGCUCCUUUUCGAAGGAGUCAGCAUGGCGAUCGAGGAGGUCCGUGCCCGUGUUGAACCCAGUUUGGAAGGACACCCGAAAAAGUUAGCUGCGGCUGAACGCUUGGAUCGCCAGGCGAAGCAGGAGAGGUCGCUUGGGGGUUUGGUCUUCACUCCUGAGACUAGGCCUGCUAAUGCUUGCGUGGACCUCUGCGUUGAGAUGCUUGAAACUGGAGUUCUUCAGUACCAUGUUCCCAGCAAGUGGAUAAGCCGUGCACAGGAAGCGCAGUGCCUUAAGCGUGACAACAGCAUCAACAUAGAUGCCGAUAACAACUUGAAGAUUGCCACAAAGUCUGCAGAUCUCUGGUGCGAUGUGUCAUCAGAGAUGCGAUUGAGGCAAGCUUGGGGCCGAAGGUCGUUAGCCUUCGAUCUUGCAAAUUUGGCAAGUUUCAGGGAAAUGGAGGAGCACGUUCAGUUCUUGUUCUCUGUGCUGCAGCGUGUGCAGCCCAAGGGAUUCCAGGGUGUCCAAUUGUCACAAAUCAUUGAGGCCGACAAGCAAAUGUUCAUUCUUGCGAGCAACAAUUUGAUGGGGCGUUUGACGGCCUCUCCAGGAGCUGCGCCGGCAUUAGAUGCCGAGAUCAGUAGGCUGUCCCGCAGCCCUGAGUUGAUGCAGUAUCUUGCUCCCUUGCAGGUGCCACAGGUUCCAAACAUCCCCCACAAGCCUUGGAAGGGGGACCCUAAGGGUGAUGGUAAGAAUAGGUCCCUUCCAGAGACUUUGCCCGCCUUUGGAGGGGAGGAUGAGGGCACGCGACAAACAGGUCAUGUUUUCUCCACAUGUGGCAUUUUCAUUGACGGCUGUACGCCGUUACAUAAAGACACGCGAAACGCGCAGUGGCCGAAUGCAAUUUUCCGAUUGAGCGACUUCCAGAACGGAGGUUUGUGGAUUGAGGGGUCAGGUGAUGAUGUUCGCGAGCUGAACGGACAAGAGCUGACAGGCUCGGUUGAUGCAUUGCGUCUUGAGGCUGCGAACCAGUUGCAUGCAUUGACCUACCGCAUUUGGCGGAAAUGCAUUGAAGAUGAUGUCGUCGUGAGUCUUGAAAAUCCUGUCAACAGCUAUCUCUGGGACAUUUUGCGAGCCUAUGAGCCAGCCGAGCCCAAGCUUCAUGUCCUUCCAAAGCUCACGCGUGUGAUAUUCGACCUAUGUUGUCAUGGCGGUGCGCGCCCCAAACGCACUCAACUGUUGUGCACUGCCGCUUGCUUUGAUCGAUUGCAUGCUUUGUGCCAGAAUGACCAUCCCCAUAAGCCUUGGGGUCAGAUUGUUGAGUGCGGAACAGUGCGAUAUGCCACCAAAGAUGAGGCGGCCUACCCUCAAUUGUUCGCUGCUCGCUAUGCCGCCUGUUUGGCCGAUCAUGCCUUGGCUGCAGGUUACAGCUUGACACCCCAGCCACGUGUCAAAGAUUUGUCGCUGGCCAUGCUCGGCCGGCAAACCAAGCGCCAUGCACCUUUGGUUUCUGAGUACAAACAAGUCUUGCACAUGCCAGCCGCUUCUUUCACUCAGCAGCCACACUUGAAGCUCUUGCGCAAUCCCAUCGGGGGUGGCAACGUGCGAGCUUCUGAUUUGGCUAGGGCCCAACCUUUGGUGAGUAACACCCCUACGGGAGGGACCAUCCCGGAGGCCCCAGGUAAGGGUGACGUUGAGUGUAAGGUGGGAGUCUAUAGGACGCCAGGUGAGUUUGUUGAGGAGGCCAAGAAAGUGAACCACCCAGUAGAUUCUUCAAACCCGUUAGAAAAGGUUACUUUGCAAGCGCUGCAGGAAAAUCUUUUGAAGGAUCCCAAACUCAUUUCCUUAAGGCGCAACUUGGCGAUUGCGAAGGUGAAACAGGAGAUCCACAGAUUGCGUGAUGCAGAAGAGAAGCUUCACAAUUCUAUGGACCCGUCAGUUGCUAAGGUGAUGAAGGGCAAGUCGAUCCUUGCCUUUGAAGCUUUGUUGAAGUCUGAGGGUUACGAUGACAUGGGUGUGAUUUCUUUCUUGAAGGAGGGAGUGCGCUUGGUAGGAACAUCGGAGUGCCCAGCUUGUUACGACUACAAGUUUGUUCCGGCCUGGCUCUCGGAAGACGAGCUGUUCGAAACUGCAGCUGCCCGCAGGGAUGCAUUGCUAAGCAAGUUUGAAAGGGUUGACCCUGAAGAGGCCAAAAUCUUGAAGGAUGCAACCGACAACGAAGUCGCCUUGGGUUUCUUAGAGGGUCCUUACUACGAAAAAUCCGAGGUUUCUAGUCGGUUGAAAACUGAGAGGUGGACGAUCAUUCGCCGCUUUGUUUUACUUCAAGGUGCAGACCAAAAGCCUCGCCCCAUCGACAACUGCUUGGAGUCGCAGCUCAACGCGGGGUACAGUGGGCGAGUCCACCCAGCUGCCAAGCUGUGGAAGGGAAAGUGCUUGGACUUGAGCAAGGCUUACAAGCAGCUGGCGGUGCACCCUGACCAUAGAUCGCUGGCAGCAAUUGCAGUCCGCGAAUCCGAAGGGCGCGAUGCGCUCUACUUGUCAAACUCCCUAAUGUUUGGCAGCACGGCCGCAGUUUACGCCUUUAACCGGGUUUCCCGGGCACUUUGGUACUUGGUAAACCGUCUUUUGUGUCUGCCUAGUGGCGUCUUCUACGACGACUUCCCGCUGCUGUGCCCGGCGGGCAGUGCCAACAACGCCGAUGAAUCGGCCAGUGCCCUGCUGGACUUGUUGGGUUGGGCACAUGCCAAGACAGGUGCAAAGGGCAGACCUUUUGCUGAGCAGUUUGAGGUUUUGGGCAUGAGCCUAAACUUGGAGAGCGUUUCGCAGGGCGAGGUUUCCUUGUCCAACAAACAGGGUAGGAUUGAACGCAUCAUUGACCGCCUUCAAGAGAUCAGCUUGAAAGGGGAGAUCAAGAGACACGAUGCGCAAGUGCUCCAAGGGUUGCUUCAGUAUGCAUCGGGGUUCUACGCUGGACGAUCCCUGAAGCACGCUUCGCACAUCCUUGCGAGGGUCGUAGGCACGAGAACCCCCGAGUAUUGUCUUGCGCCAUGA